AUGUCAAACGAAGCUGGUGGAGAAGAUGUUGUAGGGCAUUCAUAUAAGGAUCAUAUGAAUUUCUGUUAUAAGCUGAAAAUUAAGGCUAUUGAAGGAGGAGAUUCUCAAGUUGUCUAUGACAAACUGCAAGAUGCUUAUUAUGAAGAUCCUAAUUUCUUUUUCAGAAUAAGAACAAACCGUUACAACCUCAUAUGUGCACCGUUUGUGGGGAUUAAUAACCACUGUAAAAAUACUAUGUUUGCGUGUGCAUUCUUAGGAGAUGAGAAAACAGAAUCCUUUGUGUGGCUGUUUGAGACUUUCAAAAAAGCUAUGGGUGACAAAAGUCCAAUCACACUCUUUACUGACCAAGAUGCAGGUAUGGCUAGAGUAUUUCCAUCCACAAGGUAUAGACUUUGCCUGUGGCAUUUGAUGCAGAAUGCAGUAACACAAUUUGGAGUCCUGAAGAGUGAUUCAACAUUCAAAGCCGCUUUCAACAAAUGCUUGAGUGGUUGUCUUCAUGAAGCUGAGUUUAACGCAUGUUGGGAAGCAAUGAGGAGUGAGAGUACGAAUAAUGUUGUGGGUUUCAGAGCUACUAAGAAGACUAGUUUGACUGAGUUUUAUCACAUAUUUCAAGAAAUAAUAAAGAGAUGGAGAAGGACAGAAGAUGUUGAUGAAUUCAACACCACCAAAUCUAUUCCGACUUCACACUAUCCAAUGACUUCGUUAUUGAAACAUGGUGCUCAAGUCUACACACAUACACUUUUCAGGGAUUUUGAAGAAGAAUUUAAUCUUGUUGCUCAAGUACAACUCAUUCACACAAAUGGACCAAAGAUGAUUUAUCAAGUUUACCUUGAAGAUAGGGUUGGCUCCGCACAAUCUGUGAUGUAUGAUCCGCCGAAUGAGAUCAUUAUUUGUCCUUGCAAGAAUUUUGAGGAGUCGGGUUGGUUAUGCUUUCAUUGUAUUUGUGUUCUGCAUAUGAAUCCUGUUCAAAAAAAUCCCAGAGAAUUGUGUAAUUUUGUUUCUAUUAUGGUAACUAUACUUUCAAUGAAGGUGACUAUGACUGCAGGAAUGACUUACUUGUUGUUCUUGAUAAUUGAUCCAAUAUUCAUGUUAUGCAAAGCAGACUUCACUACCAUUGUGUGA